UUAUUAUUGAUCAGCUGGGAUAUGUGUAUGUAGAUCUGCUUUUAUUAUUCGUAAAAGUUUAAUGAAGUAUUGACGGGAAAUGUUUCUUCAAAGUUGCAGAUUGCUAACGUCUUUAAGACUAGUUUUAGCCAGGAAUAUAUCGAAACGUUAUUCCCACAUGGAACGAAAGGUGAAAGUAAAUGAUAUUGAAAUUAACAUUGUCGAAAGCGGUGGAGGAGACAAAAGUGUUUUACUUCUACCGGGUGCUCUGGGAUCUAGUUGGACUGAUUUUAAGCCUCAAAUAGAACAGCUUCCUAAAUUAUUGCCAAACCACAGUAUAAUCGCAUGGGACCCUCCUGGUUAUGGCAAAUCUAUUCCCCCAAAAAGACAAUGGGGAUUGGACUUUUUUCAGAACGAUGCACUAUACGCAGUUAAUCUAAUGAAAGCACUGAAUAGAACUAAAUUUUCAAUUGUCGGAUGGAGUGAUGGCGGAAUAACUGGAUUAAUUGCUGCUGGUCGCUAUAGAGAUAAUGUAGAGAAAUUAAUAAUUUGGGGUGCUGGGGCUUAUUUGAAUGCUGACGAAGUUCAAGCUUUGCAAAACAUUCGAGACGUAAAAAAAUGGUCAGCACGAAUGCGCGAACCUAUGGAAGAAGUUUACGGUCCUGAACGAUUUGCAAAACUUUGGUCCGAAUGGGUAGAUGCGGUCGUACAGUUUUAUACAAAAUGUGAUGGAGAUUUUUGCAAACAAGAAGUUGCAUUAAUAAAAGCACCAACCUUUAUAUUACAUGGUAAAAAAGAUCCAAUGAUUGCCGCUGAACACAUUCCUUAUUUAAAAGAGCAUAUACAAGGAGUCAAAUACUUUGAAUUUCCAGAUGGCAAGCAUAAUAUACAUUUGAAAUAUGCUGACGAAUUUAACAAAAAGGUUGCUGAUUUCAUAUUAGGAAAUUAAAGUAAACAUUUGUACAUGCAUACAAAUACAUAUGAAUGUAUAUCGUCAUAUGAAAUCCAAAAAGCCCUAAGUCACAUUGAACAAAUUUUUCAGGAGAAGCAAAAAAUGAUAAAUAAACCAAAAAUGUUCAACAUUUUCUCAAGUUAAGCUUAUUUCUUAUUGACAAAUUAUUAUUUGAAGAAAAAUUUGCGGUUUUUGUUUUACUUACGGAGAUAUGAAGAAUUGAGAAUUUGUUUUUUCUGAAACCCAAAAGGGCGCAAGUUACAUUAAAAAAUAGUAAGUUUUAACAUUUUCAAAUCGGUUUUUAUUGGUCAAAUAGGCCGAAACAUGGAAGGCAUAAGGCUUCUUUAUUUUCAUAAAGAUUUUACGAAAUUGAAAUUUUUCUUUAAAAAAAUUUAAAACUUUUCGAAACGGUGAAAAAAGCGGUAUCGGUAUUUAAACUUUUUUCGGCGACGGCAUUUUAGCGGUAUCGGUGUAUUGGCUUAGUUCAGUAACGGUAUCUUUUUUUACCGUUUUUGGACAUUUAUUUCCUUUUUAGAAUUUUUAAAAGAAUAUCGUUUUUGGUAUUUAGGUUUAUUUCGGUAAUGGUGUCUUGUUAUCUCGGUACUUUUAUUUUAACGGUAACAGUAGUAGUUCUAAAAAUGUAUUUUUUAGAAUUAUAGCUUAGCGAUAAUGGUUGCCAACCUUAAUUCACAUAGUUUUGAAAACAAUGAGUGUUUAAUUGAAAUUCCGAGAGACAAUUAUAUAGGCCUAUACAACAAUGGCCUAUUUUAACUAAAAUCAAUAGGUUUCGUCAAAAGUAAAACAUGUAUCAAAUUUCAUCGAAUUAUUUUGAUUACAGACAGAUACGCAUAAAGUUUAUGACUAUCCGUGGUUUGCUUUUCUUAAUUUUUUAAUUAAACCUAAAUUUACUUUUUAAAAAAUAGCCAAUUUAAUCAGCUAUAUUUUUAUUUAUACGUUUUUUCAUUAAAUUUUCCUUCCCGAAAAAUUUCGAGGAAUUUAAGAAAUCAAACAAAUUCUUUUUGAAGAGAUCUGUCGUAUACAUAAAAAUGUUAAUAUUUUGAUGAAAAACAUUUUUCUCUUCUUGCAAACGGUUUAAUAUAAAAAUAUCCAAAUUACUGUUGUUGUGGGAUAUAAAUUAAAAUAUAUAAUAAAAGAUAUAAUAAAAUAUGUUUUACUCAACAACAAUGUGUGUAUUAAUUUAGUUGUGCUUUCAAGAUUGGCACAUAGUCAUCAUAUUGGGCCUGAUAAUAAUUACCAGCAACAGGAUCCCCCAACUUAUAAUUGGCAAUGUAAUCGCGGGUCUUUACGCUCAAACGACCCUCACGAGAUCUAAAGAAAACAAAUAGUGAUAGAUUGAUGAUAUAUUAUGGAAUUUUUAUAUACGCACUUAUUUGAAAUAAACGUAUCUGUUGAAAUUUUUUGUGUUUGUUUAAAAACGAGGAAAACAUAGCGAUGUAAGCCACUACCUUCUGGAGGUCCCGAUCCAAUGUAUUCCGCAACGACUUGUCCUUCAGAAAGUUUACAUCCCGGUAUAUUGAUCACGAGCCAAUGCAAAAUUUCUCUAUAUGUUGGCGUUUCCCGUGAUGGUGCAUCUGGAUCUACCAUUAAUAAAGUGUACAAUGAUCCCUCCUCUGCUUUCCAUGUAACUUCAGGCUGAUCUUUAACUUGCCUUGGUUGUAAUUCGUUUCCUAAGGUAACACUACUAUCACCAUAAGUCACGCGGGCAAUAGUUGCAGGCUUACUGUCAAUAAUAUCAGGUAUAAUUCCACUUGUGUCCAUUUUUUAAAUUUCUCUAUUGCACACUGUUCAUUCGAUCGCGUGUACAAUUAUAGUCACCACUCUAAAUUUAUUGUUUCAAUUUUUAUUCGAAUGCAGAUACAUAUAUACCUACAAUGUUUGUAUGUAUAUCCAAAACUAUUGGAUAUCGCACUAUGUAAAAACGUAACAACUCAAAAAAUACAUUUUCAAAAAAAAAUAUUACAAAUGUUUUUACUAUUUUUCAAAUAUGUGCAUUCUAAUUAGUUGACGCGUAAUAUUAUCUAUCAAAAUAUAUGAAUACAAAUUUAUUUUUAAUGUACUUACCAUAAACUAAAUAUCAAUAGAAGAACAAUAACAUAAUAAUGAAAGCUUUGAAAGUUUGAUGUUAAUUUUUGUAAUUCUUAAAGAAUUUUUAACAAAAAUAUCUGGGACAAUAUGACGGAUUUCAUAUGACGAUAUGUAAAUAUGAAAUCCAAAAAGCCCUAAGAUACAAGUUAAGCUUAUUUUUUAUUGGGAAAUUAGCAUUUCUUUACAUUAAAAAAUAGUAAAUUACAACAUUUUUAACUAAAUUAAAAUCGGUUUUCGUUGGUCAAAUACGCCGAAACAUGGAAAGCAUAAGGCUUCUUUGUUUUCAUAAAGAUUUUCGGAAAUUGGAUUUUUUUUUAAUUCUAAAGCUGUUAAAAAAAUCUAUAAAUCGCAAGAUUUCGCUAAAAGUGACAUUUUUGUUUUAUUUGAUGCCAACUUAUAACACUUUACAAUUUUGAAGUUAAAAACUCAAAAGAUUUUUAAAAUUUUUAUGAAUUUUAAGAUAUUUUUAGAACAUAAUCUUUUAGAAUUUCGAAGAUAGCUUAGGGCCUUUUGGAUUUCAUAUGACGAUAUGUAGCAGAGACUAA